CAAAAACUUUACCUGCCGAAUGUGAUAAAUUUUCGGGCCAACCGACACUGCCGCGACCACGAAAAACGUAAAUCAAAACAAAGGAAAAAAAAAAUUAACGAAUCGAAUCACAACCAAAUCUCCACAUCGUACAUUAUAUAACCUUUUGCUUUGGGUGAAGAUGGGAGAAGGCAGCCUACCCGCAGCUGAGGCCGAGGCUUUGAUACCUCAAUUCGUAUUCGAGAGGCUGCUCAAUCAAGACCAAGCUGGACGUCGCAUAUCGCUCUUGGGUAGCAUAGCGUCCAAACCAGCGCUGCUUGUGGUAGAGAGAGCGCCGUUCGCAAACGACGUUGCGCACGUCUCGUCGCUUGCCCAGUCGCUUUCGAAGAUCAAGAAUCUGGGUAACAAUGACAUCUACUUCUGGUUUAUGGCCUCGUCGUCGACCUCGGCAACGUCCACGCCUGUCGAGGACGGCGCGGCGACCAAGCAGCCGCCGGACCUGAAGGUCAACCUCAUCUAUCCGUGCACGCCGAAGCACGUCAAGAAGUACUCUCAGCAGCUGCUCCGCAUGGUCAGCGAGACCCCGGAGGUGUAUCGCAAGUACGUGAGGCCGUACAUGGAGAGGCAGCGGUCCGACGGACGGCUGGACUGGAUGUACAACAUCCUCGAGGGCCGCACCGAGCAGGACGACGUGUUCUUCCGCGAGCCCGGCCCGGACGGCUUCCUCAUCCUCCCGGACCUGAACUGGGACAGGACGACGCUGCUGAACCUACACGUCCUCGCGCUCGUCGAGCGGAGGGACAUCUGGUCGCUUCGCGACCUCUCGCACGCGCACGUCCCUUGGCUGAAGGACAUGUCCGCGAAGAUCUUGAGCGCCACCCACAAGCUGUACCCGGAUGUAGAGCGGGACCAGUUGAAACUAUACGUGCACUACCAGCCCACGUACUACCACUUCCACGUGCACGUCGUCCAUGUCAUGUUUGAAGCCGGCGCAACGCAAGCCGUGGGCAAGGCGUUCGGUCUGGACAACUUAAUCGGGCAGCUGGAGGCGAUGGGCGAAGGUAAGAGCAUGGCCGACGUAACUCUGGGAUAUCAUUUGGGAGAAGCCAGCGAACUAUGGACGGAAGUCUUUGGGCCGCUGAAGGAGGGAAAGCUACCAUAGCUUUACCAGAGACAACCACAAGCUUGAACAAGUCGCCGCCGUCAAAUGCCAAAAGUUUCCACUGUGGGCGCAUACAUAGUGCAACGCUAAUACCACUUCAAGAACAGUGCUGUUUGGGAUUCAGAAAAAUUUAGGAGCAUAGAUAUUCGCGGUAAAAUCGAGGAAUGGCAUGAUCGAUAUAUGCUAGAGUUAACACAAGCUCUAGAUUUGGCUACCAUGCAACGCAAACCAAAGUAUUCAGAUGUUAGGUCUCAUCUUAUCGCGUCAGCCUAUUCAAAAAACGGAGCAUUAAGCAAGGCA